UUGAGACCCUCCUCAAUUUGCGCUGAUUGCAGUGCAGCGGAUCCGACCUGGGCGUCUAUAAAUCGUGGAGUGUUAAUCUGUGAUGAGUGUUGUAGCGUUCAUCGUAGUCUGGGACGUCAUGUCUCCCAGGUACGAUCUAUUCGACGUGGCCAGUGGUCCCCCACACAACAUGCUAUGCUGUAUCAGCUAGCUAAUCAUGGUGCUAACAAUAUCUGGGAACAUCAACUUAAAGACCCCUCUCAGAAUAAACAUGGUCGGAAAAAACCUGCCAGUAAAGACCCCUUACAUCCAAAUAAAGCUGAUUUUAUUAGAGCCAAAUAUCAGUUUUUAUCCUUUGUAAAUAAACAGAAAGAAAGUGAUGUGAACUCUAUAGAUGAUGUUAGUAAGGAACUUCACUCCAGCGUGAGGACCAACAAUGUAGAAACGUGUCUUCGGUUGUUAUCGAAGGGGGCUGAUCCCAACUAUUUUCAUAAGGAAAAGGGGAACUGCCCCCUACACGUGGCUGCCCAGGCAGGGCAGGUAGCUCAGGUUGAACUUCUAGUCGUUUACGGUGCUGACCCAGGGGCACUCGAUGUAAAUAAUAAAUCACCCAUAGAUUAUGCCAGAAUUGGUGGUUUUAGUGAUAUAGCAGAUCGGUUGAUAGAAUGUCAGUAUGAAUUAACAGAUAGACUUGCUUUUCAUGUCUGUGGUAGAAAACCAGAUCAUCGGAAUGGUCAGAAUUUUAUUAUACCAGAAAUCGGAGACAAUAGUACGUCUGAUUUAUCAGAACUUGAUAAACAGGCUAAAAAGAAAUUACAGGCACUGACUAAUCAUCUAUUUGAAGAGUUAGCUAUGGAUGUAUAUGACGAGGUUGAUAGAAGAGAGAAUGACAAAAUUUGGUUAGAAACCCAGGACCAUUCUGCAGUAAGUGAUAGAACAACAGUACCCUUUUUACCUGUCAAUCCAGACCUGUCUACCACUAGAAACCAGGGUCGUCAAAAAUUAGCCCGAUUCAACAAACGAGAAUUCACAACAUUAAUUAUUGAUAUAUUAAACGAUGCCAGACGCCGCCAAACUGGAUUUACCUCCCCUGUCAAUACACCCAAAGAACAUAGUAAGUUGUUUUUACUGACAUCAGAUAGACUGCAUUCUUUAGGUGCGUUUAGCGAUGAAGAGCCGUUGUAUGACAGUGUAGCAUCUGAUGAAGACUAUAGUUCUAUUGAUACUCACAGUGUCCAGUCUAUGAGGAGUAUGAAUUCAGAAGCGAUCGAGGGGCCUGUCUCUACGGAUGAGUAUAUGGAGGUCAAGAAAGCAUUGGCUGGGGCAGAAACGACCAUCAAAACAUUAGUUCAUAAAAAGACAGAUUUAGAACAAAAAGUACACAUAAUGCAAAGCACUGAUGGUAAUGUACCAAACGGGUUCACGGCAGAUGAAAAUGAUGAAAUAAGUCAAGGAGGAAUACCCUCGGUAAUGAUGGAUUCUGUAUCGAGUACACACAGCAUGCCAGGUGGCGCUGUAGGGGUUCCUGUUGAUUUACCCGAACCAGAAGAAGUUGUGAAAAAAACCGAGAAAAUCACCAAACGUAUUCAAGAUUUAUUAAAAAGGGCACAAGAAGGUGACAUCAAAAGUUAUAAUCCGUGUUCAGAUAGAAUAUUUAUGGCCGUGACAGAAAUGGAAGCUUUAUUUCCCAGGAAUAUCCCAAAAGAGGAAGUGUUUCAUUCGUUACAGUUGCUCAAAGACAGUGCCAACAGACUUCGUAUAGAGUGCCAACAUCUCGCGUCUGAUUCCAAACAAUCAACAACACAAGUUAUACAAUGUGCUUACGACGUCGCCAAGGCGGCCAAGCAACUCGUGACGUUA